UUUCGUCUCAACCUUCAUCAACGAUAAACAAACCAUCUCCAACAAUGACUGGACGCGGCAAGGGAGGAAAAGGACUCGGCAAAGGAGGAGCAAAGCGUCAUCGAAAAGUGCUGCGUGACAACAUUCAGGGUAUUACUAAACCUGCUAUCCGUCGUCUGGCUCGUCGUGGUGGAGUCAAGCGAAUUUCUGGGCUUAUUUACGAGGAAACUAGAGGUGUGUUGAAGGUAUUUUUGGAGAACGUUAUUCGUGAUGCUGUUACUUACACCGAACACGCUAAGAGGAAGACGGUCACCGCGAUGGAUGUCGUUUACGCUCUGAAGCGACAGGGACGCACUCUGUACGGUUUCGGAGGAUAAAUUAGCAUCAUCGACUCAGACUA